GAACGCUCGUUCAUCACCACCAAAGCACAGGCAGAACGCGAAAGAAUACUCUGCCAGCACACGCCAUCUGACAUAUCUUUCCUUUGCUGAAUCUCAGAAAGGAAUUUGAGAUUCAUAUAAGAUCGAGCUUUACAAGUUCGCGCUUGUUUUGCAACGUUCCGCUCCGAACCCAGUCAACCGGAUAUCAGCGUCACCUUUGCAGCCUGAUCAUUGCACAGCCCGGUCUUGAGGCCUCAAGCAUUUAAGGCCUUUGCCCACUUCGACUUCCUGCACGGAAAACCGAUAACCAUCAACUUUAUAGUUUAUUCGCCACUUUGCAACAUGUCUUCCACAAUUGGUAAUCCGCUCAGCGCUGGUUCGCUGUCGACGAUCAUGGCGAAAAGCUUGCCAAGCGGCGCCUCUAUCGAGAAUGCCUUCGAAGCGAUCGCAUUGGCAGUUCACAGUGGAAUGAUUGCAGUGGGAUUCAGACUCAAAGGCCUCGGAGAGGAUCACAGAAUACAGGCAUCGGCGGAUUCAGAUGCUCCGCAACAGCUGCCUGCGGAGUGGAAAGCGUCAUCAAACUACGUAUUCCGAUACUCACAUCCUCAGUCGAGUAUGGAAUUCGUUGUCAAAGUUGGGCGCUUGGGAUCGAAAGCUACCGUCGACGCCAUCGCCAUAGGAGAUGAUAAGCGCGCAUCAUUUGAUAUUACAGCCUACGACUAUGUCUCUCGCAGCAAUCUACCAUCGAACCCCAUGACCGACUCCACGAAGGAGGAAGAAUCCAAACAAAAGCUGCUAGAUGUUUUUAUCUCAGCCGGCCGGUUAUCAGAUCUAGGCUCACUCUUGAAGCUCAAAAUAAUCCAGAAAGUCGCGCCAGGGAUUUCAAAGGAAGGCUACGAGGAAGAGAACACUGCAAGCCCGUCGCAACGCAGGGAUCCCAACGAGACCGGCGAGCCCAAUUUGCGUGAGCCCCAACACCCGUCGUACAACCCCCUGCACGAUCCGCAAUUUCACAACCCACCAACCCGUCCGCACCCGUUCAACGACCCAAACAUCCCACAACCGAGUCGACCUCCAGUUCCACCUGGUCUGGAGCCUCCUGGCUUCGAAGACGAAUACGACAUCCUCCGCCAGCCAGGUGGACGCCGAGGCCCACCGCGCAACCCGCUCAGCAUCGGUCACGACGAUUUGUAUCCGGCAGGCCUGGGACCUCACGAUCCCAUCUACGGCGGAGGUGUAGGCCCCAUGAGAGGGGGUCUCGGUGGCAGCGGCGGUAUGCACCCCACGUUCGACGACCCUAUAUUUGGCGGCGGCCAGGGGGAGAGAAGGGGUGAUCCCCAGGUCCCGGGUGGCGCAAGGUACGAUCCUGUCUACCCCGGAGAUCCAAGGGGCGGACCGGGCCACUUCCCCGGCGCGGGACACCGAGGGCCAUUCGGUGGUGGCGGAUCCUCUAAUCCAUUCGGUGGAUUUGGAGGUGGUGAUUUCAUUUGAGCGCACGUGGCAACCAGGCUUGCUAAUUCUCCCAGCAUGAGUCGAAUAGUGAUCUUGUCAUCUGGACGUGUGACAUGUGAAAAUUAUCAUGCUUCAUGUAUGUAAUGAACAAACGAGAGAAUUCAAAGUGUUCACGUAAAACGUAAAGAUUUCAUAGCUAUCAUUCCAG